UUUCAACACCUUAACUUGCGCAUUUACUUUAUUUCUCUCGCGCAAUUCGCUUAUAAACACCCUGCAUGUCGGCACCACAGAUCCCCAACCUCAACACACUACGCCGCGGAGGCGGAGGGAGUCGCGGCCGAUUGAGGGGUCGUGGUGGGGGCCCGCAGACAGGCAAUCAAGACCAGGUAGUGCAAGGCACAGACAACGACGCCGGGGUGUCGCGUCUGAGCGCCGUUCGCCUAGGGUAUCUCGACGAUCCAUAUGCGCCGGUUCUGACGCAGCCAGGGGCAGAGACCCGCCGCCUGCCCAUAAUCAACAGAGGCACCUACGUGCGAACAACGGUAAUCGAUACGCUCAUCCGACGAUUCCUCGAUGGGAUGCCCGCGACGAGCAGGAAACAGGUCAUCUCGCUCGGUGCGGGCACCGACACGCGCAUCUUCCGCCUCCUGUCGUCUGCUUCGCACCCGCCCGUCCAAAACCUCGUCUACCAUGAGAUCGACUUCGCCGUGAAUACAGCUGCCAAGAUUAAAUUCAUCCGCGCGUCGCCGUUGCUGCAGCGUGCGCUCGGCGCGGAUGUGGCUAUCUCCGCGGCGGGGGAUGCGCUGCACUCCCCUGCGUAUCACAUCCACCCGUUGGAUCUGCGGUCGUUGAAGAAGGGAGGGAAGAAAGAGGGGGAGGGCGUGCCGGAUGGGGAUGCGACAACUUCGGCGCCAGCGCUGCGCGAGGUGGACCCGACGCUGCCAACGCUGGUGAUCUCCGAGUGCUGUCUAGUGUAUUUAGCGCCUGGGGACGCGGCCGACGUGGUCGGAUAUCUGACGGAAACGCUGUUCGGAGGAAGCGGAGAGGCACCGCCGUCGCCGCUGGGGCUCAUCCUGUACGAGCCGAUCCGGCCGGACGACGCAUUCGGACGCACGAUGGUGUCGAAUCUGGCGACGCGGGGCAUCCAGUUGCCCACACUACACAAGUACGCGACGCUGGAGGCGCAGCGGCGGCGGUUACAGGAGCACGGGUUUUACGGGGGCCAGGCGGCGGCUGAUGUGGAUUUCUUGUGGGAGCGGUGGGUGGACGAGGCUGAGAAGGAGCGGGUGGCGGGGUUGGAGAUGCUCGAUGAGAUGGAGGAGUGGAGGCUGUUGGCUCGACAUUACUGCGUGGCGUGGGGAUGGCGCGAGGGGACGACGGGGGGGCAGACGACGGACGCGUUUGAUGGAUGGAGGGAUAUGGAAGGGCAGAAGGACGGCUAG